AGUAAAUGGAGGAAACGUCGAAAAUGGGGAUAUAUUAGUUCGAACCUGAUUUUAUCUUGUUGCCUUAUUCAAUUAGAACUCGACUUCAUAAAUUCCUAUAUAUGUCUGAAUAUGGCAAAUUCCGAUUACAAAUUAUAUUUUCUGUUCAUGUCAUUGCUAUUCCUUUAUUGAGAAAUUAUGGCGUUUAAACCGAAUUUCGACAAUGCCCUGUCGUUCGUUGAUAUUGUGAAGCAACGGUUUCACGAUCAAGAAAGCAUUUAUCAAGAGUUUCGUUAUCUUUGUGAAAGGUUCAGAAGAGAAUUUACAGAGCCAGAAAGUGUCAUUUCACAGGUGAAGAACUUGUUCAGCGGUCAUCCGGAUUUGAUUUCACAAUUCCUCAAUUUUGUGCCGAAGAUUUUACGGAGGGACAAAGAUACUGCUGCUGCUUCUGCUUCUGCUUCAACAACGUCAAGAAAUUCAUCCGAUGAGGUUGGAAGGGAAAAAACAAAAUCCUGUAUUGAAUUUGUGAAUUGGGUUGCGGAAACAUUGCAGGAUGAUUACAAGUUUAAAUCGUUUCUUGAUGCUGUUAAUGGUUUUCGGAAAUACAAGGACAUUGAUCGGGUUCGUGAGAGGGUUUCUGUUAUAUUCAAGGAUCACCCGGAAUUGGAUAUUGAGUUUUCCAGGUUUUUACUGGAUGCUGUGCUGCAGCAGAUAACUGAAUGUGAAGAAGUCCUGUUCGAUUGUGAGGAAAAAAUGUAUGAAUUUGACAUGAAGUAUCAUUCUUUGAAAUCAAAUAUGGAGGCCGUGGAUCAAAUGGCAGAGGAACUGAAAAGAAAUCAGAACGAAUCGACCUCCAUUGAAGAUUACCUAGCCACCGUAAAGUCGCGUCUGAAUAAAAAGUACAUGAAGCUUAAUAAGGACCGCGAAAGGUCCAAGAUUAAGUGCGCAAGAAAUACGAAAGAAACCCAUGAAAAGAUAAACAAUCAUAUGGUUUCUGUCAAGAAAGCAAGUGCAAGUGCAAGUGCAAAGAGGUCGAGCCCAGAAUCAACACUUAAGGUUGAAGACAACAAGGAGAAUACUUCCUCGGAGAACAAGGCGAAUCCAAGAUCCGAUCUUGAGCAAGUUCAUAGGGUUAAAAGAGUCAGAAUAAAAUAUUCUAUGGGAUGAUCGUAAGAAUUUAUCUGUCAAUGAAUUGUGUGAGAUAUUCGAUCUGUUAUUGCACAUUGUUAAUGCAAUUGUAUACAACACAUUCUUGUGCAAAUUGUACUUUAU